GAAGAAGAGGAAGAAAAGAGGAGGAGCAGAAGGAGGAGGAGCCGAAGGAGGAGGAGCAGAAGGAGGAGGAGAGGACCAUCCAGCCAGCUGCGUCCCUCAGCAGUAUGAGUGUGGAUGAAGACUCCCGGUGGCUCGACUGGGUCACCAAACAGUUUGAGAGCAUCGCCGGGGACGACAAGGAGAUCGACCUCCUCGAAUUCAAGACGGCCCUGAAGGUCAAAGAGUCGUUCUUCGCUGAGCGUUUCUUUGCCCUCUUCGACUCCGACGGCAGCAGCUCCAUCAGCCUGGACGAGCUGCUCCGAGCUCUGGACCUCCUGAUCCACGGCAGCCAGACGGACAAACUCCGGUUCCUCUUCCAGGUCUACGACGUAGACGGCAGCGGCUCCAUCGAUCCAGACGAGCUCAGGACGGUUCUGAAGUCGUGUCUGCGUGAGAGCGCCAUCUCUCUGCCGGAGGAGAAGCUGGACGACUUGACGCUAGCGCUGUUCGAGUCGGCCGACAAGGACAACAGCGGCUCCAUCACCUUCGAGGAGCUCAAGGAGGAGCUGGAGAACUUCCCCGAGGUGAUGGAGAACCUCACCAUCAGCGCUGCAAACUGGCUGAAGCCCCCAGAGGAGGAGCAGAGGAGGCGCAGGGCUCCUCGUUACCUGACGAGAGCGUACUGGCUGAACAACAGCAGGAAGCUCUUCUUCUUGUGUCUCUACUCCUUCAUCAAUCUGCUUCUCUUCUUCACGGCCUUGAUGCAGCACAGAGAGGGAGGGGGCUGGUUCAUGCUGGCCAAGGGCUGUGGACAAUGUCUCAACUUCAACUGCACCUUCAUCAUGGUGCUGAUGCUGCGUCGCUUCCUCACCUGGCUAAGAGCCACCUGGGUGGUGAAGGUCUUACCUCUGGACCAGAACAUCCUGCUGCACCAGAUCGUGGGCUACGCCAUCCUCUGCUUCACUCUGGUCCACACCACCGCCCACAUCUUCAACUUUGCCCGGCUCAGUCGGGCGGGUCGCUAUCGGCUGUGGGAGUAUCUGCUGACCACCAGACCCGGCAUCGGCUGGGUCAGAGGAACCGCCUCCCUGACCGGACUCCUCCUGCAGCUGGUUAUCGGCCUCAUGGUGCUCUGCUCCAGCACCUUCGUACGGCGGAGCGGCCAUUUUGAGGUGUUUUAUUGGUCUCACCUGUCCUACGUGUGGGUCUGGUCUCUGCUGAUGGUCCACUGCGCCAACUUCUGGAAGUGGUUUGUGGUUCCUGGUCUGAUCUUCCUGCUGGAGAAGACCGUAGGACUGGCUGUGUCCCGUAUGGGGGGGCUUUACAUCGUGGAGGUAAACCUGCUGCCCUCCAAGGUGACUCACCUGGUUAUCAGACGUCCUCAGUUCUUCCAGUUCAAACCUGGAGAUUACGUUUACAUCAAUAUCCCGACUAUCGCUAAGUACGAGUGGCACCCGUUCACCAUCAGCAGCGCUCCGGAGCAGUCAGAGAGCCUGUGGCUUCACAUCCGCUCGAUGGGUCAGUGGACAAACCGUCUGUACGAGUACUUCAGGACCCCAGAGAACCAGAACCAGGACCAGGUCAGAACCAAGAGACUGACAGCCAGCCUGAGGACCCGGAGACAGAUGCUGAAGAACCAGGACGAGUUUUUCAGCUUCACUAGCUGUGAGGGAGCCGUGGCGUCUAAUGAGGACGACGCAGUGGAGCUCAUGAUGUACCGUCACAACGGGUCCCGGUCCGACGGGGUCCAGGUCCCAGUCCGGAUCCCAGCCCCCCCAAAGUCUGGAUCUCAGGGCCCGACGGAGCCUCCAGCAGAUGGUCCGGAGCCGGCAGAGAGAGGAGAAGCUCCUCCACCCAAAGAGGUUUUAGCCAAGUUUGGGGAAAAUCACAGAUUGUGUAACAUCAAAUGCUACGUGGACGGUCCCUAUGGGACCCCCACCAGACAGAUCUUCGCCUCGGAGCAUGCGGUACUGAUCGGCGCCGGUAUCGGCAUCACGCCAUUCGCCUCCAUCCUGCAGAGCAUCAUGUACCGGUAUCGCAUGAGGAAGCAGAACUGUCCCAGCUGCAGCUACUCCUGGUGUGAGAACAUAAAGGACAGUGAGAUGAAGCUCCGUAAGGUGGACUUCAUCUGGAUCAACAGGGACCAGAAGUCCUUUGAGUGGUUUGUUAGUUUACUGACUAAGCUGGAGAUGGACCAGGCUGACGAGGAGCCGGAAGGCCGCUUCCUUGAGAUGCACAUGUACAUGACGUCAGCGCUCAGUAAGAACGACAUGAAGGCCAUCGGCCUGCAGAUGGCGCUGGAUCUGCUGGCCAAGAAGGAGGAGAGGGACUCCAUCACGGGGCUCCGGACCAGAACCCAACCGGGACGUCCCGAGUGGGGCAAGGUGUUCCAGAAGGUGUCUCAAGAGAACAAAGGGAAGGUCCAUGUGUUCUACUGCGGCUCCACGGCUCUGGCUAAAGUCAUCAAGGCCGAGUGUGAACAUUUCAACUUCAACUUCUACAAGGAGAACUUCUGACUGUGUGUGCGUCUCCAUGACAACAUUCUGCCUCUCGUUUCCCACCUGGUAUUGGACAGUAGAAGAAGAGCUCUGUUUACAUAAAUACCUCUAUUUGUGUGUGUCUGAGUAUAGAGAUGACAUCAUUGCUCUGAUCUUGAGUCAGCUGAUGUUUAUUAAAUGUUUGUUCAAUUUU